UGAUUGUUCUCCGACUCUCCUUCAGGGAUUUUGUGUUGGCAUUUAUCCACUUCAAGAAACCCAUUGUCGUGGCGAUAAAUGGGCCGGCUCUUGGCCUGGGGGCUUCGAUCCUGCCACUGUGUGACGUGGUGUGGGCCAGUGAAAGAGCCUGGUUCCAACUUCCGUGCGCAGCCAUCCAUCUGACCCCGUCUGGUUGCUCCUCCUACACCUUUCCACAGAUCCUGGGUGUAGCCAUGGCCAAUGAAAUGCUAUUUUGUGGAACAAAGAUCGCGGCUCAAGAAGCCUGCAUUCGAGGCCUGGUGUCCCAAGUUUUCUGGCCAAACACGUUCAACCAAGAAGUGAUGCUGCGUGUGAAGGAGAUGGCGUCCUGCAGUGCAGUGGUUUUGGAGGAGUCCAAAUGUCUGGUGAGGAGUAUCGUCAUGUCUCUCCUGGAGGAGGUGAACGAGAAGGAGUGUCAGAUGCUAAAGCAGCUGCUUUCUUCAACCAAAGGCCUGGAGGCGCUCUUCAGUUACCUUCACGGCAAAGCAUAGAUAAGUACAUGUCCAGAGCCAGGAAAGCAGAGGUGGUUCAAGUCGGGGACACUCAGAGGUGGGAAGUUGUGAUCCGCAAUCUUUCUUCAGUUCCGUCCGUCCUCACAGAGGACACACAGGAGGUCUGUUUGUUUAAGACCUCACUUCAUGACCAUCUUUAUUGUGUGCUCCUCAUCUGGAACACGUAGAUGUCCGUUUUCUUUAUUGUCAAAGGGCGAAGAGACGAAUUAGCAUUGCUUAGAAGCUUAGACGUUUUCAU